GCAUCACUUCCGGCUUAGGCCCCGCCCCGAGGCUCUGGGGGACGGCCACACGCUGCGGGGCGGUCGCCUGGCAACAGGCCCCGAUGGACGCCAUUGGAUGGCUGGGCCCCCCGCGCGUCGUGGGCGGGGCCAACGGUGAGGCGGGUCGGUUAUGGGCGCGGGGCGGCCGGGGCCGCCGUUGGUUGGCCGCUGCGCGCAGGGGGCGGGGCCAUGUCCCCGCUGCUGUGGCUGGGGCUGUCGGCCGCGCUGGCCCGGGGCUGCCUGCAUUGCCACGGCAACUUCUCGGACAAGUUCUCCUUCUACCGCCACCACGUCAACCUCAAGUCCUGGUGGGUGGGCGACAUCCCGGUGUCGGGCUCGCUGCUCAGCGACUGGAGCCAGGACACCAUGAGGGAGCUGCACCUCGCCAUCCCCGCCGAGAUCACCCGGGAGAAGCUGAACCAGGUGGCUGACAGCAUCUACCAGAAGAUGGACCAGCUGUACCAGGGGAAGAUGUACUUCCCGGGCUACUUCCCCAACGAGCUGCGCUCCAUAUUCCGGGAGCAGGUGCACCUCCUCCAGAACGCCAUCAUCCAAAGCCGCAUCGACUGCCAGCGGCACUGCGGGAUCUUCCAGUAUGAGACCAUCUCCUGCAGCAACUGCACGGACUCGCACGUCGUCUGCUUCGGCUACAACUGCGAAUCCUCCUCACAGUGGGAGAAGGCUGUCCAGGGCCUCCUGCAGUACAUAACCAAGUGGAACAACGAGGACAGCAGCACCAGGACCACGCCAGCCUUCCUGGUCUCCCCGAGCUUCACCUGCCUGGAGCCCCCCCACCUGGCCAACCUGACCCUGGAGAACGCGUCCGAGUGCCUGAUGCAGCACUGAGGGGCCGACCCGCACGGGGUCCCGCUGGCUCUGGGGCCACGUGCUAAUAAAGUUUUCAGGUUUUGCA